AUGAGAACUAAAGUACUAAAAGUUAUUAAUUUAAGCAAUUUCUUUAACAUAGCUAAAUCAAACAAUAAAAAAAUUACAUAUACUUAUAAAGAAGCUAGUAUAAUACUAUUACAUAAUAUAAGAGCAAGAUGGUUACAAUUUAUAUAUGCAAAAACUAGUCAACAUUUCCCUGUAUAUUUAAAUGAACAUAAAACCAAGACGGUAAUUAAAAAUCAACCCUGUGGUUUUAUUCAUCAAGUUGUGCCUCAAUUCAACCAAGAACAUCUUGUUGAGUAUGAUCUUGAAAAUUUGAGUACAAAAACUACAUCAGAGUUACAUUUUAAUAUGAUAGUACCAAUACAAGAUGUAAUGCAAUAUUUUAUGCAAUGGCAGAGGUACAGAAAAUACUGGUGGAGCUCUGUAACCACAACACCAAGUCUGUUUUCUUUGAGUGAUAUAAAACAUAAAGAGAAUUCUGCCAAUGUUGAUGUAUUAGCAAAUUUUAAUUGGGGUUCUAAAAUUGUUGAAGCUGUUUCAAUUGAUACUGAUACUGAAUCCUCUUAUUUGCGCUGUAAAAUGUCGUUGGAAGAUGCACUGUUCACACUAUUACUUGAUGGAUUAAACAACAGUACCAAAGAGGAAUAUUUAAGACUUCAUAAUAAAAUGGCUCCGUACAAAAUUGCGUUGGCAUUAGAAUAUGAUGAUAGUAAAUAUUUUGACACUCUCAAAGAGCUUGCUGCACUUAUGAUGCAUAAAUUGGAACAAAAAAAUAUAUCAACAAUAUGUCCAAAUGUUGAACUGCCAUUGAACUCACAGCAGCUUCGAGAAAAUUUUAAGAUUGGUGUGACAUACACAGCGAUUAUAAGUGAAAAUACACUUUCAAAUGGUAUUUUUCAUUUGUUGAAUAGCAGUACUAUGCUUAAGGAACAAAUUCAUUUGGCAGAUUUUGAAUCAUAUGCCACAUUACUGUGUGGUAAAUAAAAAAAAUUAUCGAAAGUCCC